ACCUUGCUAUUGCUAGAUUGCUAGUGUGGUGUACACAUCUUCAAAUCAAAACAGAUGUUUUCGGUUUUCGCUGUAAAACUUUGGAUUUGAAAGUGGAAUGGAGUUUUAAAUACUAUCCUGAUCGUGAUUUUAAAGCGUAAUUAAAUGUAUACUUAAUUUGUGAAAUUUAAUAAUACAUAUUACAAAUCUAAAAUGACUCAUAUUGACCGAAAGGGUACUUUUAAAGUUGAAUACUUGCAAGAGAUUGAGAAAAAUGUACAAAAACAGUGGGAGGAAGAAAAAAUAUUUGAAAUCGAGGCACCCACUGAUGGGAAAACAUGUGACAAGUUUUUGUGUACUUUCCCGUAUCCAUAUAUGAAUGGACGUUUACAUCUUGGACACACAUUCUCUUUGUCCAAGUGUGAGGUAAGAUUUACACCUUUUUGUUGUCUCAGGCUUGAAACACUUUACAGAUAAUUGGAAUUGAGCACACUGUGCAGUAUAAUAUCUUCAUUAAACACACCUAAUGUGUUUUUGAGGUUGAAUGGGCAGCAAAUUUAACUCGGUGAAGAAAAUUCUAGAGCAAUAUUUUUUUACUUAUGUGGUAGAGCCAUGCUGCAGCUAUAUUAGUAGUAUAGUUGUAGCACGAAUGGGUAGGCUCGACCGGGGAAUGGUUACGCUCUCACAGAAUACCAGCGUAAAAUUGCAGUUCAAUGCUGCUGUUUUGUAUGGUGAGUGUAGAGAACCGGAGACCCAUUUUACUGGAAACGAGGCAUUCCAUCUUGGUACUCACAGGUGACAACGCAUUUGCAUUUUGAUUUGUAAUUGAGAAUAGAUGUAGAUAUAUAUGGGCUACAGAAACUACUUACCAUCAGGUGGACUGUGUGCUCGCUUCUCACUUUUAUCCUAUAAAAAACAUGCCUUGAGCAAAUAUUUACUAUCAGAGCUAGAAAAGUAUGGAUAUGCCCAUAGUAAUUUUGAAUUUAAUUUGUUUUCUGGAAAUAUGCUUAAUGUGGGAAUAUAUUGCAUUGUUCCAUAAUACUUUAAGGUGUUAUUUUACUACGGAAAUACAAUUUUUUUGUAUUGUGCCCUUGUCAAUAUUCCAAUGAACAAUCUUUAUUUUAUUUUUUGAUAUUGACAUGCACAUCAAUUUGUAUUUUUGGGAUUUCAAUAUAAUUGUUAAAACAUUUUUUGUAGAGUCCUUGAAAAUACUGCAGAUUAGUUAAAUUUAAUCCACUUAUAAAUGUGUAUGUGGUUGAUUAAAUUUUUUAAAUAAAACAUUAUUAUAAAACUUAUAUUAGUUAUGAGUUAGGUACAUAACAAUAAUCUUUAUCAUCUGAAGCUGAACAUAGGCCAUGCCCAAACAAUGCCACAGAGGAAGGUCUUGAGUUGCAUUUACCCAUCGACAUCCUGCACUCACAUCCGAUUGUCGGGCACAGGGCAACAUAUUCCUUUCAUUUCUGAGAGGAAUAUUGUGUAUUUAUUCUGCCGCACUGCUACAGCACACAGCAUAACUCCAAACUUCACAUUUCCUCCAAAUAUUUUAUUUCUCAAAGAAGCAGGUUUCCUCAAGGUGGUUUGCUACACUGCCAAGCAUGUUACUAUAUGCUAUCAGCUGUGAAAAUUACAAUUAACAAUUUCAUUGUUAUGUUAAUUAAUAUCACAAUAAUAUUGUUAAUGAUAUAGGUUAACAUCCAAUAUUAUUAACUACUUUAGGAAGGAUUAUUACUAUAAAGGAUUAUUUUUCAAAGAGUAGCCAAAUUUUAAACUUAAGUUCAAAUAUAUAAAUGAUGUACCAUUAUUACAGUUUUUGAAAAUACUAGUAAAUAUGGUUUUUACUUUUUAAGAGGCGGCAGAUGGAAACAAAUCAGGAGAUGGGCAACAGCGUCUUCUUAAUAACAACUAAAAAUAAAAAACUAUGGCAAAUAUCCCCCCUAUGAGGCAAUCUAUAGGGCAAGGUUUAUGUUCUCUGUCAUGACUCCAAAUGUCAAACAAUUAAAUACUAAUGUAAUUUUAAAUGGGGAGAAACUGAGUCUUGUAGAUACCACCAUUUUUCUUGAAAUCACACUAGACGUGAAGCUUCAAUGGAGCCCCCAUAUAUCAAAACUAGUAAGCAGACUUAGUUCUGCAGCAUAUGCUGUAAAAAAUAUUAGAAGUCUAACCAGUGUUGAAACAGCUAAACUAGUUUACUUUAGCUAUUUCCAUAGCAUAAUAUCGUAUGGUAUUUUGCUAUGGGGACACACAACUGACACUGAAAUUAUAUUUGUUUUACAGAAGAGGGCCAUAAGAGCAAUUUAUAAUUUAAAGCCUAAAGAGUCACUGCGACAAAAAUUUAAGGAAAUUAAUAUAUUAACUUUGGCCUCUCAAUGCAUUUAUGAAAAUGUUAUGUACGUACACAAAAAUAAAAGUAGUUUUAC